AUGGCGUCCGAACUUGCCGAUGUCACAUUAGAAACCUCCAUGGUAUGUUUUUCUUGUCCUCUAGAAAGCAACUGUCUUUGUGUUAUUUCAUUCACUGUUUCUGUUACUCUCUAAUACAAAUCACCUGUGAAGCGUGUAUUACUGCGUACCUAUAUACACCUUGAUAACGAAUUUGGUCGUCACACGAGUCUUAUUAAUUGUGCAUUUCAAGGGUGAAAUUAAAUGUGAGUUAUACUGGAAACAUGCCCCCAGGACUUGCAGAAAUUUUAGAGAUUUGGUGAGUAUUUACCUGGUUGCUGACUUUAUUGAUCAUGUCAGAAAAUAAUAUUAUUGAAUGUCCCAUGAAGUAUCGUUGUGGUGGACAAGAAAAAACUUCAGAAUGGCUAAACUGUAGAACACGCAGACACUAUAAACCUCUCGAAGAGCUGCUUUUUAGUCUACUAGACGUCCAAAUUUACCAAAAAAAGCUAAAAAAUAAAUUGAAAGAGUAUUUUUAUGAUUCCUGUCUUCAUUCUUCAGCAUUUACAAAGCUUAGUAAUUUUUCAUUCUCUUAGCCUUAAAGUAAAAUUAUAACAUAGCGCGCGUGCUUUCCCUAUAUAAGUCCUAUUGAGCCGCUAUGAACAAAAUCUUUAUUUACGCACGCCCGUGCGUAAAUAAGAUGACGUAAGCAUCUUGUUUUACCAGGCUGCAGAGUUGUCGUCUUUUAAGCUGCAGUGCAGUUUUCCUUCUCUUUAAAAUAUGGAAGAAACCAGCGAAGAACUGCCCGAUUUUUCUAUCGGCAUUGACCUUUUAGGUCCUGAUCCAACACGCAGCAAAAAUUGAGCCGAAUUAAAAAAACUCGCAUGUUGCGCGUNGUUUUGCUACUUGUCGAGUUAGCUAUAUGUUAUGGCAUUAAUUUUGGGUGCUUGGCGUCUUGACGUCUUAUUUAAACAGUAUGUGAAGUUCAAGCACAGGAUUACAAUUUAUUUUAAUUUACAGUUAGCAGCAAGUUUGAACGAUUAGUUGAUGUGGCGAACUCGAACAUGUAGUGAACUUGACAAGUACAUGUAGCGAAACCCGCUGUUACCAUUUUAAGUUAAUUACCUGGGCUGAGUUGCUCAAAGCAUGGUUAGCUUUAACCAUUGGUUAAGCAGUAUCAAAACCAAUACGUUGUCAAGGUAUUAAAUGCUGGUUAACGCUAACCAUGCUUCGAGCAACUGGGCCCUGAUUUAGAUUUGUCAUGGUAUGUCUAGCGUGACAUGCCAUAUAUGAUCAAGCAUGCUUCAUGCACGAUAUAAUCUUGAGUAGAGCUCAUUUUGUGAUUAAAAAAAGAAAGACUUAAAUGAAUCUUUGUGCAUCUGCAUCCCAUUUUAUCACAAGAUUUAUCCACUGCAAAUGCAGGGAUGUAGGAGCAGUCAUUUUUUCACCCCAUUAUGUAUAAAGUUCAUUCAUUUUCGUCCUUAUCCGAGAAGACUAGAAAGUUUGAGCAUUUUGCUGAUGUCAUGGCAAAGGCGGCACUUUGUUUUCAGUUAUUUAAAGACCCUAAGUGUUGGUCCUGCCAGGGUUCGAACCCACGACCUCCCGCCCAGCAGACCAGUGCUCUCCCAACUGAGCUAACCAGGGGACGGUAUUAUGGUUGUCACAGGUCAGGAGAUAGCCAGGGAAAAAACUUAUUCUGAAAUUACUAGUUGUAGGAGACAGUACAUGUAUAAAUCUAGUAAAAAGGUAUUGUCAAAUCAUUUAUUCACAGUUUAGUGGUUAGAAUACUCAAUGGGUCUUUGAGAGCAGGAAAUCAAGUUUUUUUGACUCAGUGUAUUUUUUUCACCCACCUUUAAUAAUAAUAUUAUUGUUUUAACAGGCAGCGAGAGGAUAUUAUAAUAACUGCAAAUUUCACAGAGUUAUAAAGGUAAGAGAAAAGAACAGGAGAAAAAUUUUAACAGUAAAAAAGUAUCACAAUAUAUUACUGAUAAUCUGUUAGUUUUCAUUGUGGCCUAUAAAUAUGGCCAGAAACAAAUUAUUAUAUAAUAUAAAGGCAAUUUUGAUUGACGGCAACAAAAAAAGGAAUUGUGAAGGUGGCUUUUGAACUUCACAGUUCGUGCGUUUUUGAAAAGCGCAGUAAAUUUAUACAUGCAAAUUUUUUUUAAAGAUUGUUUUCUUGCACACCCAGUGAUUUUGUUACAAAUAGUUAUGGUGAGUUUUGGGACUCAUCCUGUGUAAAAUCAUAAGUCCCAUUCCAGAUCCGAUGAGUUCCAGUUCAAAAAAACAAGGAGUUAUGCUUGGGCCUUUACGUAACCAGACAGUAAAUCUAGAGACAGACUCCAAACUCUUUAUUACAGUUUACUGAAAUUGAAAUGUAGUCCUCCUAUAUAUUUAAAGCCCAAUAAUAUUAAAAGACUAUUAAAAUAAAUAUUCAUGUAAUAUAUCUUUAAACAACAGCCACAGAAAUUACACGUACAGGAUAUUCUACCAAAAUAUCUUCAAAUUGACUGAUCAUUCUUUGCGUCCUAUGGGAUGCAUGCCAUGAAUUAUUUUGUGUCUUUGGGGAAUUGUUAUGUUUCAGGGAUGAGGACGCAGGGGUAACAAAAUCACUGACACCUCACCGUUAUGGACUUGUGCUACUACUUAAACUAACUAAAAGAGGUUCUUCUGGAGUUGACUGUCAAAUAGGAUGUUAUGCCAGAAACAAGAUAACUCCUUGUGUGCUCCUUUUUUGUUAUAGGGUUUCAUGAUCCAAACAGGGGAUCCUACAGGGACUGGAAAAGGAGGUGCUUCUGUGUAUGGGUGAGUAUGCUUAAAAAGUCUCUAAAAGUAUUGCAAUAACACUUUAAAACAGUUAACCCAAAAUCUGCAACCCUCUUUUCUAAGUGACCAACUGUCCAAAACACCAAAAUUUUACCAGUUAAAGCCCUAUUAGAACACCUUAUGUAAACCACUAUCACUUGUAAGCAACCAAUAUCUUAAACACAAAAAGAGAAGUUUUCUAUCUCAGCCUGGCCAUGUAAUAUCCUCUAUGUCACUAGCAUACAUGUAAAGUGCGGUAUUCUUUUAUGCAAUAGGCCUGCUUUUGAAGAUGAAAUAACAAGAGAAUUAAAGCAUACAGGUGCAGGAAUUCUGUCAAUGGCAAAUAGGUAACAAUCAUUUUCCUUUAAACAGGAUGUCAGGGUCCGAAAUUAACUUUUUAAUAUGGGCGCCAACUGGUGAGCAAGUAUAAAUUUUUGGUCGUCAGAGGGCAAAUUAUGGUCGCCAAAAAUUCCCCUUGGUGGCUUGGAAACGUUCAACUCGUAUUGAUCGUAGCUGUUGUGGAGGUAUAUUUAUUUUACAGGAAGAUUCGUUUCACUUUUAAAUUAAAAAAUAUCAGCAGGACAAAAAGUACGCCCCUGUUGGCAAAUAGCUUCGAGGUUUCAAUUCCUAAUCAUUUUCUCCGAGCGUGAAAGUCUACAAUAUCAACCAGCUUUACAAGUCGCCAGCUGGCGACCGGCUAUGAAAUUCUGAUCGCCAGAACUGAAUUUUUUGGUCGCUUUGGCAACCAGGAAGGUGCAAUUUCGGACCCUGGAUGUAUAGCAAUCUGUAAUCUUGUAGUUCAAGUUCAUAUCAUUAUUAUGAUUUUAUUGCACUUUGAUUUACCUUUUGUUUGAGUGUUUGGGUAGUUGAUUUUGUUGGCUAUGCUUAAACAAGAAGUUUACCAUGAUGUUCUGAAUAAAUAAAACUAUAUAAUGAAAUUAUAUAGUAAAAAAGGUAAAUUAUUUUUUGAAAUCUUUAUUGACUUUUGAAUUUUUUUAGUGGUCCAAAUACUAAUGGCAGCCAGUUUUUCAUCACUUUGGCUCCAACACAGUGGCUUGACGGUAAGAAUACAUGUUUGACAUUUUAGUAAUGAAUACACUCAUUGUCAGGCCAUGAAUCAAAGCCAUUUUAGGUCAUAUCUACUUCAUUGUAGGUCAAUUAGUUUAGCUCAUUGUAGGUCAUUGUAGCUCAACUGUAGCUCAUGUUUUGUUUUAGUAGUACAGCUAGUGGAACCCUGCUCUAAGGACACCCAGCUUUGGCAUACAUAGAGGAAAUUUCAAUUGUCACAACCCAAAACUAAUACUUUUUUUAAAAAUUCAUCUGCUCAAUACCGACACUGGUUGAUAUGGACAAUGAACAUUUACACUGUCUCUGUGUACUGUGUCACAAAGUCCCUCACAUCAUCAACCCAUCUUUACGGACACUGUUUAANGAGGUAUAUUUAUUUUACAGGAAGAUUCGUUUCACUUUUAAAUUAAAAAAUAUCAGCAGGACAAAAAGUACGCCCCUGUUGGCAAAUAGCUUCGAGGUUUCAAUUCCUAAUCAUUUUCUCCGAGCGUGAAAGUCUACAAUAUCAACCAGCUUUACAAGUCGCCAGCUGGCGACCGGCUAUGAAAUUCUGAUCGCCAGAACUGAAUUUUUUGGUCGCUUUGGCAACCAGGAAGGUGCAAUUUCGGACCCUGGAUGUAUAGCAAUCUGUAAUCUUGUAGUUCAAGUUCAUAUCAUUAUUAUGAUUUUAUUGCACUUUGAUUUACCUUUUGUUUGAGUGUUUGGGUAGUUGAUUUUGUUGGCUAUGCUUAAACAAGAAGUUUACCAUGAUGUUCUGAAUAAAUAAAACUAUAUAAUGAAAUUAUAUAGUAAAAAAGGUAAAUUAUUUUUUGAAAUCUUUAUUGACUUUUGAAUUUUUUUAGUGGUCCAAAUACUAAUGGCAGCCAGUUUUUCAUCACUUUGGCUCCAACACAGUGGCUUGACGGUAAGAAUACAUGUUUGACAUUUUAGUAAUGAAUACACUCAUUGUCAGGCCAUGAAUCAAAGCCAUUUUAGGUCAUAUCUACUUCAUUGUAGGUCAAUUAGUUUAGCUCAUUGUAGGUCAUUGUAGCUCAACUGUAGCUCAUGUUUUGUUUUAGUAGUACAGCUAGUGGAACCCUGCUCUAAGGACACCCAGCUUUGGCAUACAUAGAGGAAAUUUCAAUUGUCACAACCCAAAACUAAUACUUUUUUUAAAAAUUCAUCUGCUCAAUACCGACACUGGUUGAUAUGGACAAUGAACAUUUACACUGUCUCUGUGUACUGUGUCACAAAGUCCCUCACAUCAUCAACCCAUCUUUACGGACACUGUUUAACAUUACUUUCUAUGACUGAAUUUUACCAGUGAAAACCCAACAGGAAUAUGGCAAGUGACCUUUCAAAGGUUCUGUCUAAUGUUCAGUCCACCUGGCUGAGUGGCAAACUAAGAUCAUCAAUAAUGCAAAGUAAAGUCCGAGAUUCCAUCAUCAUGUUUAGGGGAAAAUACUUGUAAAAGAUAAUUCUGGUCCAAGAAUACAAUAAAAGAUCCUUAGGUUUAUUUAGGAUGAACUUGUUAAAGUUACGGCUAAGAAAUAAACCAUGUUUUCUCCCAAAAAUGUCUGCUUUCCUCUUCAUAUCAGUAAAACACAUGUCCAUGUUGUUUUUUCUGAGAGCCUGCUUAAUAUGGACACCCAGUUGAUAUGGGCACAACGACAUGUGCUCUUGGUGUAUCAUUAACCAGGUUGCACUUUACAAUAGCAUCAUUGUCCUAGAGAAUUUUUUUUUUUUUUUUUAAAUUAAUGCUUCUUUCCUUUCCCUUUUUAGUUAAGUUGGUCCUUAUAGAUGUUUGUUUUCUGGGGGAAAAUGACUUGUCUGUUUCUUGAAAAGGCCUUACUUAGGUUUUGGACAAAACAGCUGCAUUUAAUAGUGCUCAUUUUGUCAUUUCUUGCAGGCAAACAUACAAUAUUUGGUAGAGUGUCUGGUGGAAUUGAGAUAGUCAGGAGAAUAGGGCUGGUAGAAACUGACCCUUCAGACAGGUAAUUUGGUUUAAACCUUUAGUGGCUUAGGUGCAGCCAAAUUCACUCAAAAAAUAUACGUUCCCAAGAUAUAUACCUACGCUAAGCUUCUUAGAGACUGGGGGAGAAAGCAGAUGAUAAUUUUUUAUCUUUCAUCAAUAUUUAUUUUUAUUUUGCCUUUUAGUGUCACUGUACAGGGCUCUAAAUAAAAUUGCAUCUUUGUUGACUGUACAUGUACAUGUUGUAGUUAAUUUCUUGUCUCAGUUAAUUUUGUUUUCUCACUAGUUAAUUUUUUGCUAACUAGAUAAUUUUUUUCUAGCUAGUUUAUUUUUUUCUAACUAGGUAAAUAAUAAUUUAACUAGUUACUGGUAAUUCCAACUUUUUCCUUUAAAUAGAUGAUUACAAUGUUUAUAUAAUUCUACUUUUUAAGGCCACUUCAUGAUGUUUACAUCUUACAUGGAAAGGCAUUGUAA